CUCACCCGACUCGGCUGCAUAAUCGACAUGCAUCUGGCAUGUAUUCUGAACGAGGUGUAUAUAAAACAAGCGCUUUCUGAAGUGCCAACAAUCAGUGCCUUGGAGUUCUUGACUGUGUGUGCCUGUAGCAAGCCCAUCCUGAUUUCUUCUGUACUACAAACCUAGCAGCAUGAUCUGGCUCAGCUCUGCCAUUUUACUUCUGGGCAUAGGAGGUGCCCACCUCCAUUGUUUCACACCCAGUGCCCAUGUUCCACCUCUGGACAAAAAUGCCAAUCUCUCCGGAAUCGUAGGUUUCGGACUCGAUCUCUACAAACAACUGACCCUGGAGAAGCCUUCAGAGAACUUCAUCUUCUCCCCCUACAGUAUCUGGGCAGCCCUGGUCAUGGUGUACUUUGGGGCAGCCGGUAAUACCCAGGCACAGCUGGCAAGAGGAUUGCGUCUGGUUGAUAAGCCUUCUGCCCACCAAUUGUGGAAAGGGCUGGAGCUUUUAUACAGACAAGAGAACAAUGCUAAGAUGAGCCUCGAUGUGGCCAGCAGAGCUUACUUUGAUGAGUCAUUCGCUUUGCUGCCUUGCGUCCUCACCGUUUUCCCAGAUGAGCUACGCAUCGUUAAUUUCAACAAUGCUAAGACUGCAGCUGGAGCCAUUAAUGACUUCGUCAGACAGAAGACACGAGGCCUCAUCCCCAGCAUCGUACAGGAAGACCUCGUCCGCUCAGCCAGCAUGGUCCUUGUGAACGCUGUUUAUUUCAAGGGUCUCUGGGAGAAAGAGUUCAAAAAACCGUCAACCCAAAAGCGAGACUUCUCUGUAGCUCCGGGCAACACUGUUUCAGUUGACAUGAUGAGUCAGGUUGCGGAUUUCAAUUAUGGGGAAUCAAGCCAACUUGGUUCACGCAUUCUAGAGCUGCCUUAUGCUGGGAGACACCUCUCCAUGAUCCUUCUUCUGCCUAAUACUAAUGGAAAUGAAGCAAGUUCUCUCGCCAGACUGGUCAGGAGACUCAGCAGUGCUGCCCUUAGAGACGCCCUCAGUGCUGGGAAGCUAGAGUCUCUCAACGUGGAUGUGCUUCUCCCAAAGUUUAAAUUCCAUGGAGAGCUGUCCAAAAACUUGGUGAAUGCACUGAAAAAGAUGGGGAUAAUUGACGUCUUCGACGAGAAUCAGGCUGACCUGAGCCAGUUCAGCUCUAAGAAGAAGUUGGCAGUGACAGACAUCAUCCACAAAGCUUAUGUUGACGUCAAUGAAGAAGGAACUGAGGCUGCAGCUGCAACUGCUGCCGUUCUGGUGUAUAAAUCUUUACAGGAACCUCCAAAGCCUGUCAAGUUCCACUGCGACAGACCUUUCGUCUUUUUGAUCUACAAUAGGGUGACGAACAACAUCCUCUUCAUUGGGGACGUCAAAAAUCCCAGGAAUUUGCAGAGCUAGUCCCAAUCUGUUAUGAGAUUCUCUGACUGGAAAAUCUUCAAGUGACCCACAGCAAGUGAUCUUCAAUGUAGGACUAUAUCCCCAGUGUCAUCCAUAUCACUCCUUAGGCUUUAGUCUAAAGACUUUUUUUAUGACAACUCCAAGAAAAACAUUGAUGUAAACGUUGUAUUUUGUAUUCAUUUCUGCAUUCUUCUUUUACUGUCUCCUAAUUUUGUCUGUGUUAGGUACAAACGUGCACAAACAUACCUUCCCAGUUAUAACAAGUAAAUUCAAAGAUAUGCACAUACAUAUAUGCAUAAUAUGCAUCUCUUGUAGCUUCAAGUAUAUUAAGUAAUUUCAUGAGUGUCAAAUUGAUUCAAAUAAUGACUGGCAUGUUUCUGAUUUCACUCCUCCUAAUAAACUUUAAAAGUAACAUAGCUCAGUUUCUUAGCACAGACAUUAUUUUGAAGCUUUGAAUUUCCGUGAACGAGGAGCAGAUAUCACCCUCACUUCAUUACAGAACAUCGUUGUUGCAGAAUACUUAUAGUACUGUGAUCUUUAGCUUCGAUCCUACAGCAUUUGUGUCUUAGAGUCCCUCUGGUGAUGAUGCUGCCAUUAGUCAACACCUCAUCGAACUAAUGAUGUGAACAAAUAAACAAAAAGCAGUUAA